ACUUUUAACUCGAUCAUUAAACGCAGAGGUCCAUUGGCCUUGCAGCGUGGCCCCGCGAGAGGUCAUGUGAUAAGUUCCAACCUAAGGACCCAACAAAAAAAAAAAAAAUGUUAGUUCUACCCAAGCUUUACUGGUGCUUGCAGCAAGUUUGCUUGUUCUCAAAAAAAGGAAAUACCAAACUCAUGAAUAAAAUUAAGAACUUCAUACCCUCUGCCUCACAGCAAAUUGUUGCAGGGCUGCGGCGGUAUGCAGGCGCCGGCCAGGGCAAGAGAACCACCCGGCUGAAGGCCAUGCUCGCCUCGCCAGACCUGGCGUUCCUCAUGGAGGCGCACUCGGGGCUGAGCGCCACUAUCGUGGAGGAGGCAGGGUUCCAGGGCAUCUGGGCGAGCGGACUGAGCAUCUCGGCGCAGCUGGGCGUGAGGGACAGCAACGAGGCCUCGUGGACGCAGGUGCUGGAGGUGGUGGAGUUCAUGGCCGACGCGACCUCCGUCCCCAUCCUGCUGGACGCCGACACCGGCUACGGCAACUUCAACAACGCCCGCCGCCUCGUGCGCAAGCUGGAGGAGCGCGGAGUGGCCGGUUGCUGUAUAGAAGACAAGUGCUUCCCAAAGACCAACUCUCUUCUCAGUGGACGACGUCAACCACUAGCUGACACACAGGAGUUUGCACUCAAGAUUAGGGCGUGCAAGGACCACCAGCGGGACCCGGACUUCUGCGUGGUGGCGCGGGUGGAGGCCUUCAUCGCCGGCUGGGGGCUGGAGGAGGCCCUGGGGCGGGCCGAGGCUUACCGCGAGGCCGGGGCAGACGCCGUGCUCAUCCACAGCAGCAAGGCAGACCCUUCCGACAUCCAGGCCUUCAUGGCCCGGUGGCAGGACAAGGGGCCUGUGGUCAUCGUACCCACCAAGUACUACACCACUCCGACCAGCCGCUUCCGUGAGCUGGGCAUCUCGACGGUGAUCUGGGCCAACCACAACCUGCGAGCGUCCGUCCUGGCCAUGCAGGAGACGAGCCGGAGGAUCAUGGCGGAGCAGUCCCUCGUCAACAUCGAGAAAAAGGUGGCCAGUGUACAGGAAAUAUUUAGACUGCAGAAAGAUCAAGAGCUACAGGAAGCGGAGGAUAAAUACCUGCCGAAAAAGUGACAGUACCUACCAAGGACUUUGCAACACAGUACUUGAAUUUCAAUGUCAUUACAACAACAUGACUACAUUAAAAUUAAGAUAUUAAGGGAAAUAUGUGGAUGCUUGUAUUUACACCUAUGUUUCAAUUGACAAUUUGUCAGACCAGGAUCAUGAUCUGCAUGGAUUUUUUUACAAAAAGGUGUGGAACUGUAACACAGAAACCUGUAGUCGUAUUUGCUGUUGUUGGUUUGUAUUAGAGAACACUUAUUACAGCCUCUCUCAAGCUCUACUAGCAUGUUGUACAUUCUUCUGAAUCCACUGCUUAAUGAGUUUUGCACAAUCAUUAGUGAAACAAAAUUUUUUAUACAAUCAAUCUUGUAACACCUAUUCUUAGGGGCCAAAACAAUUAGAAUCUCUCUACAGAUACUAUAUUUUUUUGCUAAUUUAUGUAUACUUUAGAUGUUUAAUUUACGUAACUUCCGGUGUUUUUUUUUUUACUUAGUUCCACAUAAAUGCUAUUUUAGAUAAUUUUCUAAAUAAAUGCUUUUUCUUAAACUAAAUUAAUUUAAAUUGUCAUUCAUUUGUAAAAUAUCCUUUUAUAAAAUGCCACUAUUUUGAUGACUGUAAAAAACAAUUAUCAAAUUAAGAAAUAAACAACUCUGUGCUGUAAACUUUCA